UCCUGUGAUAAAACCUUCCUUGAAGGGUGUGUUUGAAGGUUGUAUUUGACAACACACGGAACUGUUUUGCCGGUUGGAUUUUUAGAGAGCAACAGAGAAAGAAGGCGACUCGUCGGAUCGGCGGCUGUGCUAAGAGCCCGGCUGUUUCGCUGUGCUCUCCGGUUAAUGAGCUGCAGUGCAUCGGUACAGAAGAGUACCGCCAGGACGUCCGUGUUGCUCAGAGCACACUUGCAGCGCCUUGGUCAUGUCCCGCAGAGAUACAGUACAGGACGAUUCUAGUAGUUUCACUUAAUUAUUGGAGUGGAGUUCCUUUAGUUCAACCUAUUUGAUUAUUUAUUGUAUGAGCGCCUUUCUACAACCCCCCCCACACAAAACCGGGAAAUGGAAUUUGGUGUGCGUGUGUAUCUCUCUUUUAUAGCGGACAGCUUUUUUGGACUUGGGAAGUUGUGAGACUGGGGUCGUCAGAGUAGCGGGGAGGGGGGUAAGUGAGGAGCCCUCGUUUUGAAAAAGACGAGUGGUUUUCUUUAAGUUUCAGUCGAUAACGCGCAUCGUUACGAUGGUUAAGACUGUGGUUUUCCCAAGUAAGAACAGUCACAAAUCGGGUGAGGCUGCAUUCGUGAUUCUCUGCCUCCUAUCUGACUGUUUGUGACCUCUGCUAUAGUUGAACUUUUUUACUUCAGCGAUUGCUGGCAUCUUUGCUGCUCAGUUGAAAUAGGUGAAAAUCCACUUGUAUUCACUCUUGACGGCAGCUUUUAAAGCUUUUGCACGUUUUUAACACUGAAACAGACGGUCAGCUUUUGUUUCCUUUUCUGAUUUUUUUUUUUUCAUUUCGCUCGAAUGCGGUGCUCGGAAACUUUUUCUAUUUUAAACCCCCCCGCUAUGCGUCCUGCAGGGCGCUCGCGCGCGACGGUGGACUUCAGGUGUUUCCCCAGAUGGGGUCUGCUGCUCGUGCCGCUGGCGCUGCUGGGCGCGCUGCUGCCGCGCGGAGCCGCCAGCACAGCCACCGGGCACGACCCGGGGUCCAGCGGCGAGCACGGUUCGCACUCGGAGAUCAACCGCACCAGGAGGGCUUUCCCCGUGCUCAACUUCGACUACAGCCAUGUGCGGAAGCCGUUCGAGAUUUCCUUAUGGGUGCUGCUGGCCUCCUUGAUGAAGCUGGGAUUCCAUCUGAUCCCCCGCCUGUCGUCGAUUGUGCCCGAGAGCUGCCUGCUGAUCGUGGUGGGCCUGCUGGUGGGCGGCCUGAUCAGGGUGGUGGGGGAGAGCCCUCCAGUGCUGGACUCCCAGGUCUUCUUCCUGUUCCUGCUGCCGCCCAUCAUCCUGGACGCCGGCUACUUCCUGCCCAUCCGCCCCUUCACGGAGAACAUCGGCACCAUCCUGAUGUUUGCGGUCAUCGGCACCCUGUGGAACUCCUUCUUCGUGGGGGGCCUGCUGUACGCCGUGUGCCAGAUCGAGGGGUCGGGCCUGGAGGGCAUCGGGCUGCUGCCCAACCUGCUGUUCGGGGCAGUCAUCUCGGCCGUGGACCCGGUAGCUGUGCUGGCCGUGUUCGAGGAGAUCCACAUCAACGAGCUGCUUCACAUCCUGGUGUUCGGAGAGUCCCUGCUUAACGACGCUGUCACUGUGGUGCUGUACCACCUUUUCGAGGAGUACGCCGGCGUGGGCAGCGUGACAUUCCUGGAUGUCUUCCUGGGGGUCGUGUGCUUCCUGGUGGUGGCGCUGGGUGGCAUCUUCGUGGGCGCGGUCUACGGCAUCCUGGCGGCCUUCACCUCGCGCUUCACCUCCCACACCCGCGUCAUCGAGCCCCUCUUCGUUUUCCUCUACAGCUACAUGGCCUACCUGUCCGCUGAGGUCUUCCAUCUCUCCGGCAUCAUGGCGUUGAUAGCUUGCGGAGUGGUGAUGCGACCCUACGUUGAGGCCAACAUCUCGCACAAAUCCCACACCACCAUCAAAUACUUCCUGAAGAUGUGGAGCAGUGUCAGCGAGACUCUGAUUUUCAUCUUCCUGGGAGUGUCCACUGUGGCCGGGCCACACCAGUGGAACUGGACCUUCGUCACCGUGACCAUCGUCCUGUGCCUGGUGUCCCGAGUCCUGGGGGUGGUGGGCUUGACCUUCAUGAUUAACAAAUUCCGGAUCGUCAAGCUGACCACCAAGGACCAGUUUAUCAUAGCCUACGGCGGCCUGCGCGGAGCAAUCGCCUUCUCGCUGGGAUAUCUGCUGGAUCUGGACCAUUUCCCCAUGAGGAACAUAUUCCUCACAGCCAUCAUUACUGUAGUCUUCUUCACUGUCUUCGUGCAGGGAAUGACCAUCCGGCCUCUGGUGGACCUCUUGGCAGUAAAGAAGAAACAGGAGACCAAGCGAUCCAUCAAUGAGGAGAUUCACACCCAGUUCCUCGAUCACCUCUUGACCGGGAUAGAGGACAUUUGUGGACACUAUGGGCACCACCAUUGGAAAGACAAGUUGAACCGCUUCAAUAAGAAGUACAUAAAGAAGUGCCUGAUCGCAGGCGAGAGGUCGAAGGAGCCCCAGCUGAUCGCCUUCUACCACAAGAUGGAGAUGAAGCAGGCCAUCGAGCUGGUGGAGAGUGGAGGGAUGCCCAAAAUCCCCUCGGCCGUGUCCACCGUCUCCAUGCAAAACAUCCAGCCCAAGCUGAAGGUUCGUGAGAGAGUGCUCCCGCAGCUUUCGAAGUCACGGGAGGAGGAGAUCCGGAAAAUUCUACGGACGAACCUUCAAAGGACCAGGCAAAGACUGCGGUCCUACAACAGACACACACUGGUGGCAGACCCAUAUGAGGAUGGCUUCAGCCAGCUUUUAAUACGGAAACAGAGGGCCAUGCAGCUGGAGAAAAGGAUGAACAAUUAUCUCACUGUGCCAGCUAAUCAGCCAGAUUCUCCUACCAUGAACAGAGCCAGGCUGGCCUCAGACCCGCAGACGUACAGCUCGAAGUCGAAAUCCAAUGACCUCCCGGCCAUCAAGGUAGACCUCGCCUCCCCUCAGUCCCCAGACCACGUCACCCUGGCAGACGAGCGGACGAAACGGCCGGAGGAGGACGACCAGGGCAUCGUCAUGAAGGAACCGGGGGGCAGGGAGGAGCAGGAGAGCGGGAAGGACCAGCGCCUGCUGCGUUGCCUUAGUGACCCAGGGCCUAAUGCCGACGAGGAGGAAGACGAGCCCUUUUUGCCUUAGGCCUCUCCGUCUCCCGCUCCCUGUAUUCCUGUCCAGUCAUUCCCUUUAGGUAAAGCCAAAACUACGACAAAAUGAACCAAAAAAAAUGUUACUUUUUUUAAUUUAAAAAAAAAAAAUCGAUCCUGUUCUAGCCGUACAGUGACGGCGGUAUCGAAAAACCCAGGAACUAUGCAGAACCAAAGGCGUUUGCGGUUUAUUUUAGCAGAACCUUCAGAAACCAAGAGAUUUGGAGCGUUCUGGGGGCUGGGUUGUUGGUUUUCCAAUUUGUUUUUUUUUUGUGUGUUUUUAACCAGAAGGGAUAAAAAUGGGACACAGAGCCUUUCUUCCACCCCACUCCCCCCACCCCCUCCGGCUCCCUCUCUCCCUCUCUCCCUCUCUCUCGUUUUGUGUCGGGACACUCCAGGCUGCUACCAGGAGCAAUACGAAGCAAUGACAGAGCAAACUCCCCUCCACUUUUUCCGCUGAGAUCUGGUCCAAGCUGAGCUAGACGGUGUGCGGACUCUGGAGGGGAGGCAGUGUAAAUAGCCACCUCAUCCAUCACCGAGACAUUUUAUACAGUUUUUUCCGUUUCUGAAGCAAUACAAGUCCCAGAACUGCUGUGGAGCGUUCCAAUGCAGUCCAAAAAUAAACUGCUUCUACCAUCCUACAACAGAAGGUCUUGUGCUACAUGGAACUUCAGAGGCGUCUAGACUGGUGUUGGCAAAGGUUAAUGUAACUGAACGCUGAGAGGUGACUCAUACGGUUGAGUCCUCUCUCAUAUUUGCCUCAGUGCACAGUUUUUUUUUUUGUUUUGUUUUGUCAAAGCAUUAGUACAAGGCUACAUCCAAGAAGAAAGGCCACGGCUGUGGAAAAGAGGGGCAGAUUCAUUGCUGGACCAAAAAGCCGUGCCGCUGUCUUGCUAAUCGGUCAUUUCAGUGUUCCAUUCUUGAUACAAAGCUUUGAAUUUGUUUUAGUGUCUUAAUUUGUAACCAAAGAAAGUUUUAAGUUCUCAGCUUUAAGUAACCAGGGGUGAGCAGGUACUGUAUCUGUAUUUCGAGCAGUUAUUUCAGGUGUCCUUAACGGAGUGAAUGUGCUCUGUAGAGUCAGGCAACUGAGCAGGUCUACUUGAAAGCUGUCACUCUUGUUUUUUGCAGUCCUUUGCCCUCCAUUUAAAAGGAAAUGUCAAGAUGUUAACACAAAGGCCCAGAUUAAAUCAGAACCUUCUUUUGAGGCACGAGUCACAGACCCCUGAACCCUGAACCUGAGGGAUUCGCUCUGUUCAGAGGGCUGGCCAAGUGGCUGGUUAGGAAUUUCUAGUUGAGGAAGGUUGGUUUACGCCGGGCCUAGUUCCAUGUCCUUUGUGAAGAUUUUGAACACAAUUUGUCGAACGUUUAGGGCUCAACGGCUUGUUUCCUUCACAGACUGUUUUUGUCAUUGAUUUUUAGCAUCCCUUUAAAAAUGUGGCAGAGAUAAGUGUGUCAGAUGGUUUGUUCAUAAAUUUCUUAGGAACUAAGUAUUGGGACACAACAAAUCAAUGGAAAUGUCCUUGUUAUAGGAAGCACUUCUAAAUGUAUUGCCAUACCAGUAAUCUCCAUACUGCGGUAUUAUACCAUUCCCUACAAGCUCCAGCUAAUUUGUACAUUGUAUUGUGCUUUUGAAAAUGUAAGAGGCCUAAAUACUUCCUAGGUAGGAGAAGAAAAAUGUAAUCUGGUAUCUGCAAUUAAAUUAGUGAUUUAAGAGGCUUGUAUGGAAUUGUUAGGCAAUUAUAUAGAUUGAAAGAUUGUGUAUGUCUUAAUGUUUUGUCCCUGUUGCUCUCCAAGCAUUGUAACUAGAUUUCAAUCAUUUACAUUUCUUACAGCUGCAAUACAUCAUUCAUAUUGGGUCAAGCAAGUUAGACAGACCCGUUCCAUGUCUUUUUUUAUGGUCUUGAAAUUGAGAUUUUGGUUGUGUAAUUGAAUCUCUCCAAAUUGAUUUGGAGGUCUUAAUAAGAGAAUACUAAUCUACCUUUGGCAGUAGCUACCUGCACAUAUGGCACUGAAAAAAAAAACAAAUACUACUUUGCGAUUGUAAUUUUUUUUCAUGUGCAAUUAAAGCAAUAUAUAUUUUUAAACAAUACUAAUAUGCGAAACUCACUGUGCUGGUAUUUUAUUUGGAAGCAGUGUUUUUAUUUUGAAAAACCACUAGGAGAUCAAAUUAACUCGUGUACAGGACUGCGUUGGAUACUUGCUCUCUCGCAACAGGUCGAUGAACAGAUUGUAACUGAAGAUGUGUAUAAUAACAUCAAGAUACUUUGCAUAUAAAUCCCUGAAUUCCUAUCUAUGCAAUAUGUUUAAAUAUAUUUUAAAAAAUCAUAUUUUAAGAAAAUCUGUAAUAUAUGCUCGGAUUAUAAUAUGGAUGAUAAAAUUCCUGUUUGAAACCAAUUUCCUAUUCGAAAUUAAUUAAGCUUCGGUAUUCUCCUCUGCUGUAAACGUUUUUUUUAACUUUUGAGGUUGUUGAAGAUUUACUUUAAGAAAUUAUUCCCUGAAAAUGGGACGAAACUGUCAGUAUAAAUGGUAUACUUUGUUUUUGUAAAGAAGACGAAGUCUGUGCCUGUCUUUGACGCGACAAACUACAGAGCAAGCGCCAUUUCGUCUUGAAAUCUGGGCUGGCGUCUGCCUGUGUCUACGGUCAUUUUAUUUCGUGGUUUGCCAUUCGGUCCUCUAAACCAAUUUGAACGUCCGCGUAGCGUGUGGUAACAGAGCGAUCGAUUGGGACUAAUUUUACGUUUCACAUGAGGCUCCAAAGUCACCGAUGUUCACCGCAAGUUUGAUUUUAUUAAGCCGUGUGCAUCGCGGUUUAGAUUUGACCUUCUCGCGUUUCCUCAGUCGGUACACUGGAAUGCCGCACGCUGUCGUUAGAUUAUCGCUCAUCACUUACCGUUUCGUUUCCAUGUUACUGUUUUCGGAUGGUCGGGUUAGAGGUCGGGUGAUCGAACGCGUUUUUUUUUAAAUCUGAACACUUUUAAACGGUGUAGAAAUUGGUUGCCGCAUUGGAGAAGUUCAUAAACCCUGUUUUUGUGAAAGGUAGCUUGGAAUUCUAUAAUGUGUUGGCAAACGCGCGUUGGAAGAGUCUCAUCCUCCUGUGUGGUGCGUGUGAGUGUGGCUGAAGAAGAAAUGAAUUCGAAAUGCGUUGCUUCUUUUGGAUGUGCAAAUCUGAUCUUUCAUCUAUUGAACAUCAUGGUCCUGUGCCUGGAGACCAUUUUCAGGACCUGUCAGGGAAGUUGGUCUGAACUGAAAUGGCCAAUCACAGUGACCAGAGGCAGUGAGCACUUUUCAUGCCAGAUUUGACAUGUGGCUUAAUACUGGGAGUCCUUUGUAGUGGAGGACAUCAUUCAUAUCCAAUCUGGUCGAUUUUUGUUUUCAUUACAUGUUAUAUGCCUUUAGGAAAGAGACAAUGUUACUUAUCUAGUUUUUGUUCUAAAGGAAAUCUGAAGAUGAAGCCAUAUUUAGGAAAAUAUUGGGAUUUUUUUUUUUUGCACUGGUGCUAUGCAUAUUUAAUGUUUUAGCAACGUUUAAAAGGAAUACCAAUAAACUCAGAUGUUUUAAUAUUUUUAAAUUUACAACUGUAUUUUACUGGGUUACUACUACUACAUCUUAUAUGUUUUUCUAUAGUCCAUUAGUUAAUUUGCAUUGCUCUGCCUUAUUGGUAUUCAUAUCAAUUAUGAAAUUGGAUUAAUUUGAUCUGUAUGACAAGAAAUAUGUCACUUUUUUUUGGGGGGUGGGGGUGUUGUUAAAUGGGGGUUCCCAGCACCCCAUCACUCCACAGCUGUGUGUUUCUUGUGAAAAUGUGGGACCCGUGAGCUUAUUCUUAACAGAACAGUGCAGUUCUGUCCGUUUUGUGUGCUUUCUGUACUGUUAAGCCAUUACCUCAGUCCGCAAGGCUGGAGUCACAAGGUGUCUGCUGGCUUUAGUUUUGAUGGGUUUUUUUUUAAGGGAUCUUUCCUUUAUAUUAACCAAAUUGUGCUUUGAUAACAUUUGGUGUUUCUUAUCCAAAUGUUUCUCAUUACAAACCAAGGGAUUUUGGUCUUACUUUGACCGAUUUGAGGAAAGUUCACUUCUGCGGUAAUGUCCAGUUUCAACUCCUUGAACUCCUCAGGCACCAAUAAACCCCUUUUCACACCCUUCCCUUUCACGCCCAGCCCUGCAGCAGUGCUGGCUUUUGAAAUGGAGUUAUCCUUUAUCAGAAACACUACUGCUCUGCAAGAUUAGCGAGGAUAAACAGGGCAAAGGUUUUAGGUUCCAUCAUUGAGGACAGUCCGUCUGAUGACCAUCCAGCUUGGGUCCGAAUAAUAUUUGCCGAAUGUGGUAAAAAAAGGAAAAUGUGCUUUUGGUUUCUGGAGACCCAUGACUGUCAAAUUCUCCGAGAUCAUGCCGUCACUCCCCCUUCUGUUCCUUUGGGUUGACCUCACUGGUGAAUGGUAAGACCCUGGAUAAGUGACCUGAGCAUUGUGCCACAGUGAAAUGUCGGAGGACUGGAUCGUGGCACAGUGUGAGUGUGUGAUGGGGAACCGCUGUCCACCUGUUUCCUGAUGAAGUCUUGAGAUAAUUACCCAAUAAUCCCAGCCUCCAGCUUAAUCUCCAGGCAAAACGAGAAAAUCUGUCGACAGGACGCGACUGUGAUUUCAACAGAAAGGCUGGACAGAUAGUACCCAGCGGGUUGAGACCAGAUGCAGAGUAAACCUUAUGGAUUUUCAAACCAUCUGCCUCAUAAGGUAGACUGGACUUUUUUAUUUACUUGAACGUUGUCCGAACGCGAAAUUGCAAAUCUAACCAUCUAAAAAGGUUGUGCAAUGUCCGAGGACCGUGUUUUCCUGUCCCUGUGUAUUUAAGGACAUGCGUGGGAAUUGGAACCAGCAGCUGAAGGCACUGUUCCUUCUCCUAGGGGUGCAACUUAAACGCCCGGUUUGGGCCACACCCUCUCUAGUCCUGCCACAGACGCACGACCUUGUCAGAAUGAAAUUGUGCUUUAUCUUUCUUUUUCUGGGGGUUUGCUGUUCUUUGAGCGAUGUGCAAACAAAGCAUACUUUGCAAUGAAAUGCACUUUCUUCUCUAUUUUUUUAUAUGAACUGUUGUAAAUUAAAAUGAAAAUGCUCUGUAAUCACUACUAGCCAGUGCACACAAGUGUCUACUAGCAUAGCUUCAGCAUUCCAUUCAUGUAUAGAGAGUCUAAUGUACUGUAAUGGUUACAUGAAUAUACAAAUUAAAGUUUUAGUUUAUAAAAUG